GAGACAGACAGGAGUUGGUUCGUUGAACUGUUUUUCUCUCUUUAACACGUGGAGGCGACAGUGGAUGGGACAUACUUUUGCAACAUCGAGCGGGAAAAUGACUUGUUUACUGAGGCGUCCUGUGAUUGAGAAUUUUCCACAGUUUUGACGCACCCAUCGUGCGCAGGGACUGUUAAUGGUGCUCAUUAUCAUUUGACUGUAUUCAUGUGUGUGGCGGAGAGAGAGAGAGAGAGCCUCAAUCUACCAUCAACUCGAUUCAUGGAGUGUGCGUCUGAGAGCAAUGGUCUGUAAAGUUGGAUGGAAAUAUGAACGCGCAUCAUAACCAAAUGAUUUCCUCAAAUAGUUAAGCGAUGACACUAGUCUGUUUGCGUUGACAGACAGAAAAUCCGUGUAUGAAACGUAUGUUUGUGUUUAAUUAUAAGUGGUAAGGUAAGAGAAUUGAGUUGAAUUUGGAGCGGAGCUGAGCGCGUGGGAGGCAUUGGCGAGUACAGUCUCAAUCCGCGCUGAGAUGUUGAGGAGCGUGCAUGCGCUCGACAGUUUCCCAUGAUGUCUCGAGUUCAGUCGAUGGUGUCGCAGAGGAAUCUCUAUCCAAAAUACACCUCACCCCCGUUAUCGACCUUUUAACGACUGAAUACGGCGCGUUGCUGUUGUUUUCUCCAAAAGGAUGCGAUAUUAUUGACGGAAUCCCCCUCAGAGGCGGCACACAGACCUGUUCCACAAUCUCCUACCGCGGAAAGCACUCGAGUCUUAGAAAAAAAUAACAGAAAUAUUAAGGUGAAAAAACCCAUGUGGUCGUUGUUUGUCGACUGAAUCACUGAACGUGUAUUCCUUUUGCUUUUUUUCUGGUUAAUCUCUGUAAGGAAUAGACACGGUUAACACAAGGACACUGGUGGAAUUACGCCGUUAAGAGCGCUGAACUUGACGGAUUUGUUUAUAAAGAAAGAUCAAGGUUAUACGAUGAAGACUCCUGAGGACGCGGUUUAAUUUCCCGACUGGUGUAUUGGAAAUGUACAACGGGGAUAUCAGAACAUUGAACACUUAAGCUCCUGUCAAGGUGGUUCGCCGGAGGUCUGAAAAGAAAAAUGCGCCGAGAAACGCGCCUUCUCUGUGAGGAAGUCUUCGUGGAUAACGUUCACAAGUCAUCGGUCAGUUUCACAGAUGGCACAUUUCAACCACGGCGAGUCUCCUUCACAGACACCUCGUGACACGCAAGGGGCUGAAGCCAGGAAUGAUGGGAGCUGUAGUCUGCUUGAUGGUCUUAUGGGCUUUGUUGGGUUGGUCGCAGGCCGCAGAGAAGCCUCCAUCCCUGAGUGUAGCUGUGAUACUGGGCCAAACCCCCACUGUAUCCGAAUCAGCCCUGCGUCCGGCUCGUGGGAUAGGUGCGCCUCUGGAUGUGACUGUUCUCAGCGUCCAGGUGAACCAGACGGACCCAGGAAGCAUGCUUACACACCUGUGUGAGCUCAUGUCCCGACAGAGACUGCAUGGGCUGGUCUAUGGAGAUGGCACGGACCAGGAAGCUGUGGCACAGAUGCUGGACUUUGUUUCCUCUCAGACUUCCAUGCCCAUACUGGGAAUCCAUGGUGGCUCUGCCAUGACAAUGGCCGAAAAGGAUGCCAGUUCUUCGUUUUUCCAGUUUGGGGCCUCCCUCCAGCAGGAGGCGCUGUUGAUGCUUUCUAUAAUGGAGGAAUACGACUGGCACGUCUUCUCGGUGGUCACCACCAAAUUCCCAGGUUUCCAGGAGUUCAUAGCCACCGUCCGCGUCACGGUGGACCACAGUUUCAUUCGUUGGGAUCUUCAGAGUGUAGUGACGCUGGACGGCGUCGGCGAACCUGAGGACCGAGCCCACGUGCAGCUUAAACGCAUCCAGUCACCUGUCAUCCUCCUCUACUGCUCCAAAGACGAAGCGACAUUGGUUAUGGAGGAAGCCCGUUCGCUAGGGCUCACCGGGGCUGGUUUUGUGUGGAUUGUUCCUGGUCUGACGACAGGAAAUCUUGAACAAAUCCCAGAAACCUUUCCGACGGGGAUGAUAUCUGUGGUGUACGACGAAUGGGAUUAUCCCCUGGAGACUCGUGUGCACGACGCUGUGGGAAUUAUCAGUUCUGCAGCCGCUGCCAUGUUCAGAGAGGAAGGUCGGAUACCUGAUGGAACGGCUAGCUGCCACGGCCAAUCAGAGAAGCCGGAGGUGCCGCCAAGUGCUCUGCGAAGAUAUAUGAUGGGUGUCAGUCUAGGAGGUAGAGAUCAUUCAUUCAUGGACGAUGGCUACCAAGUCAAUCCCAAGCUGGUCGUCAUUGUUCUGAACACACAGAGAGAAUGGGAGAAGAUGGGACGAUGGGAAAACCACACGUUGAAGUUGAAGUUUCCAGUUUGGCCACGUUAUAACUCAUUUGGGGACAUGGACGCUGAUGAGAACCACUUGAGCAUUGUGACUCUAGAGGAAAGACCCUUUGUUAUAGUGGAUGAUGUGGACAUUCUUACUGGAACAUGUAUGCGCAACUCUGUACCUUGCAGGAAACACAUUAAAGAUAAUACCACGGAGGGCUCCUAUAUCAAGCAGUGCUGCAAGGGCUUUUGUAUAGACAUCUUGAAGAAGAUUGCCAGAAAUGUAAAGUUCACCUAUGAUCUUUACCUGGUCACAAAUGGCAAACAUGGCAAGAAGAUCAAUAAUGUGUGGAACGGCAUGGUGGGGGAGGUAGUCUAUAAAAAGGCUAUAAUGGCUGUGGGUUCAUUGACCAUAAAUGAAGAGCGGUCAGAGGCCAUAGACUUCUCUGUCCCAUUUGUUGAGACAGGCAUCAGUGUGAUGGUGUCACGUAGCAAUGGAACGGUGUCGCCCUCUGCGUUUCUAGAACCCUUCAGUGCUUCAGUGUGGGUUAUGAUGUUCGUCAUGUUACUCAUCGUCACAGCAAUCGCUGUUUUCCUCUUUGAAUUCAUCAGUCCGCUCGGUUUUAAUAGAAACCUGGCACAGGGCAAAGACCCUCAUGGGCCCUCCUUCACUAUUGGUAAGGCUGUCUGGCUGCUGUGGGGUCUGGUUUUCAACAACUCUGUCCCAGUACAGAACCCCAGGGGCACUACCAGUAAAUUUAUUGUGUCUGUUUGGGCCUUUUUCGCUGUGAUCUUCCUGGCCAGCUACACUGCCAACUUGGCUGCCUUUAUGAUCCAAGAGGAGUUUGUGGACCAAGUAACAGGUCUUAGUGACAGAAAGUUUCAGAGUCCCUAUUCCUAUUCACCACCUUUUCGCUUCGGGACUGUGCCAAAUGGGAGCACAGAGCGAAACAUCAGGAAAAACUAUCCAGACAUGCACCAGUACAUGGUGAAAUACCAUCAGACUGGAGUUCAGGAUGCACUGGUCAGCCUCAAGACAGGUAAACUGGAUGCUUUCAUAUAUGAUGCGGCUGUGCUCAACUAUAUGGCGGGGCGUGAUGAUGGCUGUAAGCUAGUAACUAUUGGCAGUGGCUACAUCUUUGCCACAACAGGAUAUGGCAUUGCCCUGCAGAAAGGAUCCUACUGGAAACGGCUGGUUGACCUUGCUAUCCUCGGGAUCAUUGGAGAUGGUGAGAUGGAGGAGCUGGAGGCCCAGUGGCUGACUGGUAUCUGUCAUAAUGAGAAGAAUGAAGUGAUGAGCAGUCAGCUGGAUGUGGAUAACAUGGCUGGUGUGUUCUAUAUGCUCGCGGCUGCCAUGGCUCUGUCGCUAAUUACUUUUGUCUGGGAGCACCUCUUCUACUGGAGGCUACGUUACUGUUUCACUGGUCUCUGUUCUGGGCAGCCAGGAAUUCUCUUCACUAUCAGCAGGGGGAUUUGGAGUUGUAUUCACGGUGUCCACAUUGAGAUGAAGAAAUCCCCAGAGUUGGGCUUCAGCCCUCAGGCCAACAUGUUACACCUUCUGAAAUCGGCUAAAGAGAUCACGACCCUUGGAGUUACCUCGCCCAAACAACCCAUGGGUAGCACUCUCCGUCCUACUACGGGCUUGCUGGAGAUUUUGGAUGGAGCAAAAGGCAACAACCUCGCCCAGAAAAAUGCUCCCUAUAGCAAUACCAGCACCAUGCUCAGCAACCGUCACAAAGAGCCACUUAACAAUACUCUGUUGCUAGGGCAACGUGCCCUGAGCUUGACGGAUGCUCAGUCAGGUGUUGCUGGAAACGGUGGCUCAGGAGGCGGAGGUGAGACCGCUCGACCUACAGCCUCCAAGCCACGUGCUCUGUGGAAGAAGUCUGUGGAUACUCUGCGGCAGAACCCAGGUCCUGGGGGUGAUUCCCCUCCUUCUACCCCACAGCCCACCGAGACCCUACCUAUGAAGAGCCAGCGCUACCUGCCUGAAGAUGCACCCGCCCGCUCAGAUAUGUCAGAUUGCUCGGGUCGGGUGGACUUGCAAAAGCAGCACAAGUUAAAAGAAACGCUUCGGAAACGGAACCGCCUACCGCGGGAUCUGAGCGAUGUGGAGCUUUCAACUCUGCGAAGCCAGCCCAGCCAGCAGAGUAACCACAGUGCUCAGAUCUACUCUCAGAGCAGCCAGGGGAGUCAGAUUUACACCAUUGACUCCAUUGAUCAGGAGCAUAGCCUGCACUAUCCAGAUAUCUUCAGCGAUCACCGCGAUAACAAGCACCGGCCAUCCUCUUCCUGUGAACAGCAGCCAAUCCUGCAGCUCAACAGCAGUCUGCUCUCACAGGCUCACGAACCAGAUGUGAUGCAAACUGCCAUCAUGAAGGAUAAAAAAUACAACACAUAUGGAAAGCCUGGUGGUGCGGGGACCAUCGCCGGCGGGCCUGGUUGUAUUCAGGAUCCACGACAGACACACUGUCGUAGCUGCCUGUCGAAAGUGUCCAGUUACUCUGGGCUUUACACUGUACGGUCCCCUCAGUAUCGCUGCGAUGCCUGUCUGCACUCUGCAAACCUGUACGACAUCAGCGAGGAUCAGUUCCUCCAUCCAGAUGGACGGGGCACUGGCGGCGGAAGUGUUGACAGGGCCUUCUCUCCUUUUCUCUCUCAGCCUGAUGCUUCCUUUACAGCAUAUCUUCCCCAGAGUGACCAAGAGGGUGACGGUCUUAUUAGUCACUACCAGAAUGAGGGCGUAAUCAUCCGCCAGCACUCGUAUGAGAACCUGCCCCAAAAGAGUUCCUCACGGCGGGUCAGUCUGCAGGACAACAUGCCAUAUGCCAACGUUCCCUCAGCGACAUUAAUCCUAGACAAACCCCCCAAAAAUCAGUCGGUCCACCUAAACCACACGCUCGGGGGGGUUGGCAUCAGCGGACUCGGGAUCGGUCGACGCAGCAAGUCAAUGUAUCCGACACGCCCAACGGAAAACCCUUUCCUCCAGACGCUCCGUGACGACCAGCGUCUAGCUCACGGCCGCAGCUCCACAGACAUUUACAAGCAGCUCGUGCCACUCACAUUAAGCCAGACUGAUGGCAAUAUGCUCAGCGUGGGGAUGCCGACCCCUGACCUCUAUUACUCCGAGCAUGUCAUGCCUUAUGUAGCCCCUCCCCCUCUCGGCACAUACACCGCUCCCAGGGCAAUGAGCGCUGGGGGAGCUCGGCGCGUCUACAAGAAGAUGCCGAGCAUCGAGUCUGAUGUCUGAUGGAUAGAGUGUAUAGUGGUCUGAAAGACUAUGAAAAGACAUGCAUGGAUAUUUCCACCAGGAUAUGGCUUAACCGUGGAACACUUGGCGGGAUUGUAAAGCUAUUUGACUAUAAGACAAGCAAGUCUGGAAUAUAUUUUGUUUCCCUUCUUGGACUUAUCUGUCAGAACAGAAGUCAGAGUUCAACUUUACAUCAGGUCCUCCCCUCUAGUCGAGCGGCAGCUCUGUGUCUUCCAGAAAACAUCAAAAAUGGUGGGCAGGACGCUCUCGCGCCUUCGAGCGAAGGGAGAGCAGCAAAAGCUGCUUGGAAGUACAGGGGCAGCUCCAAAGAGUUUCCUUUUUCACGCAACACGAGCAACCAAAAAAUGGAGUAAAUAAAAACAUGAGUGAAUAUACCCACAUACUGCACUUUUACACACACAAAAAUACACAUGCACAUUCAAGAGGCACAAACGAUCUCAAACUACUAAAGGAAACAUUAGGUAUAAACUAGAAUCUCUCGACCAAAAAAACUGAGUACCACAUACAAUGUAAUAGCAGAAAUGACAGGUGUGCACUUGCACGCAAGCACAUGCUGUGAAAUAAAUAAAUCACUUAGCAGAUCUAAACCUGAAUGAGUUUUUGGAAAGGUAGCAGAACAUCUGUUACACUGUUUGAAAGGCUUAUAAAUGUAUGUAUAAAUGCAUUUCGAUGUAAAAGCUGCGGUGAAGCACGGUCCACAAAGUCUGCUCAGAGUUCAGAGAUUAGCUAUUUCAGCCUGAACUGUGACAAAAUGCACUACCUGAAUGGUUAGUCUCGGGUGUAUUCUAUGAAAUCAAGUACGUUAGAGAAUUUCAGACAAGGAAAACUUGAUGCACACAAGGCCUACGUCUCGUUCGUGUCUCUGAGGACACCAAAUGGAAAAAGUCUUUGACCCUCCCCACCCUUGAAUCUGUCUGUACCUUGCCUGCAUGCAGAGCGCAGAUGCAGGAAGACACUCGUCUGCUCACAGCACAACAGUGUAGUAAGUGUCAGUGUUAAUUCAUCUAAAUUUUAUCAUCUUGAGCAUAUUUCUAUAGUUGUCUAGAAUAUCGAAAAAAAAGUGAUAGUCAAUUUUUACAGUUUUCUACACUGCCAAAUAUUUGAAAAAGGUGUGCCAAGUGUAUUUGUUGUGUUAUAGAGAGGAAGACUGCAGGAAAAGAAAUGCAGGGAAGUGACAGAAAAAAAAGGUAUAGUCUUUUUUGUGGUCGUAAGGGACUCGGAGAAGGUGUAGAAAAUGUAAAAGCCCACACCAACUAAUGAUGUCAUUACAGACCCACAGAGAUAUAAAAAGUUCCUGUUUGCCUCGAACACACAAACACACCACUUCCUGUAGAAUCCAACCACACACUCAUACUUCACAAAUAUUUUUGGUUGUUUUAAAUUAUAUGAUCGUUCCAGCGAUAUGCACAAUAUCAGGUUGCAAUAUUAUAUUUAUGUAUGAAAUUUCCUAGUUUUAAUAUGUUUUAUUAUUAGUCCCUUUUCAUUUUAUGAAUUGUUAUACAUGUGGAAUUUAUUUAUCAAUGUGAUUUAAUUGCGUAUAUAUAUUUAAAAGAAAAAAGAUAACAGCAUGUUAAUCUUCUCUAUGGUCUCAAACUUUUAGAAUUGUUCUUUUUGAUUUUGAUGUGAAUGGGAGUAUAUGUUUACAGUGAAUGUGAAAAUAUGGAUUCAUCUCAGAUGUGAUUUUGAUUCUCAUUUGAAUACAAACAUAAAACUGUUGUAUGACCAAAUGCUAACUGGAUCACCUUUCUUUGCUGUGUUUUCAGUAAAUGCUAAGUGAGGUUAACCUUUCAGGGUACAUUCUGGGUUUCAGACUCACCACACGAACAUGGUUUGAAAAUCAUAAAGAACCUAUGGCUUUAGAAAAGAGAAGGAUUUUUCUUAAGGUCAGUCUGUCAGAUGCUACACGUCUGCCUCUAAACAUUUCCAUUCUCUGUCCGAACAGGCGUUCUUGUGUUAACACACUCAAGAAAUAUUCAAAUUAGCUGGUUGUUUUUAACCUCAUUAAUGUCUACGCAAUACUUGCAUAUUCAUAUUUCAUAUCAGCCUCCAUGGAAAAGGCCAUGUCUGUGUGCAUCAACAUCUCACUUGAAUGUAGACAACAGCAACCAGACCCAAGACACGGUAGGAUAUUUUAAUGUGCAGAGUAGAUGGGUUGUGAUUUAGAUUGUAGUGGUUCAAACCACUGGUAUGCAUUUGUAAUUACAGGUAGAUUUCGAAUAAAUCUAUUUGCACAUUGAUCUGUUUUACAUCAUUUACAUCCCUUCCAUUAUGCAAAUUUAAACCAAUUUACACUUGCUUGAUCCACGCUAGAAUUCAAAAUAGUGUAAUAAUGUCAAAUUAUGCUAAUGUUGAGUCCCAUUCCUCACAAACAAUUGGUAGGAUCUGAAUUUGUCAUAAAAUGGAAGAGCUCACAUGAUAAAAAUGUGAAAUUAGUGUCCACUAAAACCAUAGAUGCAAGUAUAGUCACUUGUAGGCUAAAAACAGACACAAUAGUCAAAUUUAAUUAUUAAUUUGUCUUGCUAUGUGUGUUGUUUUGAUAUGUAUGCAUUUCCAUGGAAAAGUACGAUUAAAAGCGGUUUAUUUUUUCCAUUAGGUUGUUUAGCAGACAGCAAGUCAUUUAUAUUCUAAAGCAGAAAUUUUUAGUAAAUGCAACUACUUCUAUUUUUCAACAUUUCCCUUGAAAUAUACUUUUAGUAUCACUUGGAUUAUUUAGGUUAUUUUGAUAUGACCAGUUACAGUAUGUUUCAUUAUUUUAGGUGAAAUCUAGCUGUGCAAGUAAAUCAAACAUCAAAGUGACUGGUUUGCAGAGGAGUAGACCUGUGGUAGUGAAGCUUUAACCCGGUAGUUCUUCACAUAUUUUGGCCAAAUUUUUGCUUUAUAGAAUUAAGCUACAGUACAUAUGAAAUUGCUCCUGUUGUGUAAAGCUGAUUUGUUUUUCUCUGACCUAAUUGUAAACAAAGUCUGCUUUUUGUUAAGUUAAUCAGCUAACUUAUAAUCAGUGGAAAAUUGCUGAUUACAUUACCACUUGUCAAGUAACAACUGAACAAUCUUCUAGCAAACACAUUCAAUCUUGUGUAGUGCAUAUUCAUGCAGACAGCAGCACCACAAUGUUGCACUGUUGUAAAAUGGUUGCUAAACGACCAAAGGCCUGACCAUUUUGAAAAAAAAAUAAUAAUAAUAAUUCAGCUCUCCAAAGAGCCAAAAGAUCUGAGGUAUAUAAUUAAUGUCCAUAGCACAAGUGUAGGGAACCUCUGACAAAGGCUAAUGUAUAGGUAGUAUCAGUAACUUAUAUUUAAUGCUGACAACCUGCAGCAUUUUUUCUAUAUCAACAGUGUCUCUGUCAUAAGCCUGGUCUUGUUGCUACAGAGAAACAUAUGAAAAAGCCCAUUCCUUUUAAAUGAAACAUAAUGGUGUUGAUAGCAGCUACAUGAUGGGCUUCUGGCAGAUCUUUCAAAACAACUUUGCAUUGGAUUGUAUUCUUUUUUCCUGUAAUUUGUAGUUGCCAAAAGACCCUGACAAAUGUGCCAUCUCGUGGCACUGCAAUUGGCUCAGAGAAGGAAGAAAUGCUCUUAUUUCAGCACAACUAGUAUUCAUGUCCUUAAAGGGAUAGUUCACCUAAAAAUGGAAAUGUUGUUAUCAUUAACUCACCUUCAUGUUGUUCUAAACUAUUUCUUGUAUUGAACACGAAAUAAGAUUUUUAGAGGAAUGUAGAUAAACAGUUGAAUUAUAGUUUUUAUUUUACUACUUCUCAUUCUCUAUAUACUAUGGAAGUCCAUGGCUACCAGCAACUGUUUGGUUACCAAAUUUACUAUAAUAUUUUUUCUGUGUGUGUGUGCAUGCAACAGAAGAAAGAAAAUCCUACAACUUUGGAACAAUGAUGACCAAAUUGUCAUUUUUGGGUGAACUACUUUAAUAUUCAUAGAAUUUAAUAUAAUAGCUGCAUUAUUCUACACCGAUUUCUGCAGAAGUCUACAGAUAUCAUUUAUCUGGAUACAACCACACAAAUUAGAUUUUUCUAAGGUUUUGUAACACCAAAGCUGCAUUAUUUCAUUAAAAAC